AUGAACCCGACGGCGACCGAUGACAGCCUGCCAGCACCCGCAGGCGAACACUCCAAAAACGGCGAGAAUAUCACGACUAGCGACGACGACCCCAAGCCAUGGCAGUUGAAACAUGAGAGAGCACUGGAUCUGAGAACAAAUGGCGACCUUCAGGAAGCAACGGACCUGCUGCGGGAAGUUGUCCAAGAUCUCAAACAUAGCUUCGGCUCGGAGAACAUUGAGACACUGACUGCCAUUCAAAACCUGGCCGCCGUGCGCCUAGACCUAGGCGACACCAACGUUGCGGCUACCCUAUUCGAGAGCAUGCUGUCCACCGCGGGCCAGGUCUUUAGCGAGGAGCAUGCUUUCACAACACUCUCAAAGGCAAACCUUGCCAGCGGGGGCGUCAGGCAAGGAAGACUCAACGAAGCCGAGGACUUACAGCGGGACGUACUCAAGAAGAUGCAAGAAGCCGUCCGCGAGACACAUUCGGACGCCCCGCCCGACACGCAUCCCGACAUCCUCGAAGCGAAAGCCAGCCUUACCAACACCUUGCGAUACAAGGGGGAAAGCGCUGAGUCUAGUACGUUACUUAAGGAUAUGUACAAGACGACAGCAGGCUCUUUCGAUAUAGACGCCCCAGAGACAAUCAGCGCUACAAGUGAUUACACCAACUAG